AUGUCCACGUCCGCCAUGGCCAAGCGCCUCGAAGGCAAGACGGUCCUGAUCACGGGCGCGUCGUCAGGCAUCGGCCGGAGUUGCGCGUUCGAGUUUGCGCGCACGUCGCCCAAGGACCUGAAGCUGGUGCUGACGGCGCGGCGCAUGGACCGUCUGCGGGAGAUCGCGGCCGAGAUUCAAGCCGAGGUGGGCGACGGCGUCAAAGUGCUGCCUGUCGAGCUCGACGUGGCGAAUCCGGAGCAGGUGCGGGGAUUCGUGGCGCGGUUGCCUGAGGAGUUCAGGGGCAUUGAUGUGCUAGUCAAUAACGCGGGGUUGGUAAAAGGAGUCGCUCGUGCUCCUGAGAUUGCCGAGGAGGACAUCAACAUCAUGUUCCAGACCAACGUCACCGGCCUGAUCAACAUGACGCAGGCCGUCCUGCCCAUAUUCAAGGCUCGCCCGGGUGGCGGAGCAGGAGACAUCAUCAACAUUGGCAGCAUCGCCGGCCGGGACCCCUAUGCGGGCGGCAGCAUCUACUGUGCCACCAAGGCUGCUGUGCGCGCCUUUACCGACGCGCUUCGCAAGGAACUGAUUGACACGCGCAUCAGGGUCAUGGAGAUCGAUCCGGGGCAGGUCGAGACGGAGUUCUCGGUCGUCCGGUUCUACGGAGACAAGUCCAAGGCAGAUGCCGUCUAUGCUGGCUGUGACCCCCUGACACCCGAUGACAUUGCCGAGGUGGUGGUGUUUGUGGCCGGAAGGCGGCAGAACGUGGUUGUUGCAGACACACUGAUCUUCCCAAGCCAUCAGGCUGCCGCAGGGGUGAUGCACCGCAAGCAGACGUGA